AUGUAUCUGUCGUAUUACUAUAUCAAUGUGUGGGUAGGUUGCGCCAGUCGUGAAUAAAUGUGCAAACGAUCAACUGUGUUUUACUUCGCUAGACUUUAAUAGAACAUUAGAACCACUAAUAUAUACUAUUUGGCGACGAUUGGAAAAAAAUGGAGUGCGUGACUGUUUUUGUCAACAUGUCGAUUGGGAAAAUCGGGGAAUUUGACGUGGAAAACGGGAAUUGGUCUCUGUACUGCGAGCGGCUCCACAUGUACUUUGAAGCCAACGCAAUCAAAGAGGACUUGCAAUUGCCGACGUUAAUCGCUGUGGUGGGUGAGGCUACGUACGAGCUCAUGGUCAAUCUAGUGAGUCCUAAAUCUCCUAGUCAACUGAAACUCGAAGAGCUGGUGAAGGUUGUUCAAGAUCACCUGCAACCUACGCCUUCCAUACUGGCGGAACGGUAUCGAUUUCGGCAAAGACGGCAAGAAAGUGGUGAGUCAGUCAUACAAUACGUGGCGGUGCUAAAGAAACUGUCUAGAUUCUGUGACUUUGGUAGUGCGCUGGACGAUAAUUUAAGAGACCAGUUUGUGUGUGGUCUAUCUAUGGACGUAAUUCGUCAAAGGCUGUUCGCGGAGGAGAAAAUACAAUUUUCUAAGGCAAUAUCAUUAGCCUGUUCAUUAGAGGCAGCAGAACGUGAUGCGGCAGCUGUGGAGGUCGGGUCCAGGACGCCAGGGGGCGCCGCAGCGGAGGCCGCGGUGCACAAGAUGGCGGCGUCGCGCAGCGCGGGCGCCGGCUCGGGCUCGGGCCGGAGAGCGGGCGGCGGCGGGGGCGGAGACUCACAGCGGGAACGAACGUCACAGGGCACGGUUGUGUGCGCGUGUUGCGGAGGCAAUAAUCACGACAGUAAAGUUUGUCGCUAUAAACGACUCAAGUGUGGAAGGUGCAACGUGGUGGGCCACUUACGAAAAAUGUGCCCUGGAAACCAGCAAGGGGGUGGGGCAUGGCGUGGUGGCGGGCCACGUGGAGAGCGCGCGGGCCAUGGCAACAAUGGCGGAAGGCGGGCUACAUCGAGUUACGCAAAUUUCGUGGCGCAAACCGAUAGCGACCACUCGGAGGAAGAAGAACCGAUGUUUCAAAUGGCUCUGAGAUCAUAUAAACCGACAUAAAAACGUACUGGAUGGCGGACUGGGCCGCUACACGGGCGGCACGGCGCGGCUGCGCCUGCGAGAGGGCGCCGAGCCGGUGUUCUGCCGCGCGCGGCCGCUGCCCUUCGCCAUGAGGGAGAGAGUGGACCUGGAGCUCGAUGCCAUGCUGAGGGACGGCAUCAUUGAGCCCGUGGAUUGUUCAGAUUGGGCUACACCGUUGGUACCGAUCAACAAAAGUGAUGGUACAUUGCGCUUAUGUGCCGACUUCAAGGUAACUUUGAACCCCGUAUUAAUGAUCGAUCGAUAUCCAAUUCCUAGGAUGGAAGAGUUAUUUUCUGACCUGGCCGGAAGUGAAAAAUAUUCAAAAAUUGAUUUUUCACAGGCAUAUAAUCAAAUUUGCCUGGAUGAUUCUAAAGAUUUAACGAUUAUUAAUACCCAUAGAGGGUUGUUUAGGUAUAACCGUUUAGUUUAUGGUUUAGCUUCAUCACCAGGUAUUUUCCAAAGGAUUCUGACAAAUCUUUUCAAAGAUGUUCCUAAUGUUAAAGUAUUUUUAGACGAUAUUUUAAUUUAUGGGAAAGAUCAAGAAUCACAUUUAAAGUCGUUAAAUGCCGUGUUCGAAAUAUUAAGUCGUAAUGGAUUUAAAUUGAAAAAAACAGAAAUGUGUUUUUAUGGCGGAUGAGGUGGUCUACUUAGGGUUUAUCAUUAACAAAAAUGGGGUAAGACCGGAUCCUAAGAAAUUAGAAGCUAUUAAAGAAAUGCCCACACCUACAAAUGUUACGGAAGUACGAGCGUUUCUAGGUAUGGUAAAUUUUUAUGCGAAAUUUGUAAGGAAUAUUAGCGACAUUCUAUAUCCGUUGUAUAGGUUGUUGAGGAAACAAAUGCGUUGGUCCUGGACGGACGAGUGUGAAAUGGCUUUUCGUAAGGUGAAAGAGGUCCUGUUGAGCAGUGAGGUGCUGGCACACUACGACCCGGCGCUGCCGCUGGUGCUGACGUGCGACGCCAGCGCGCGCGGCGUCGGCGGCGUGUUGUCGCAGCGGGACGCCAGGGGGCGCGAGCGCGCCGUCGCCUACGUUUCACGUAAACUCAAUGACGCAGAAACUAACUAUUCGCAAAUACAUAGGGAGGCUUUAGCUAUUAUAUAUUGUGUGCAAAAGUUUCAUCAAUAUUUGUAUGGGCGAAAUUUUAUUCUUAAAACGGAUCAUAAGCCACUGGUCAGCAUAUUUAGUUCGAAAAUGGGUGUACCCUCGAUGGCUGCCAGUCGCAUGCAAAGGUGGGCAAUUAUUUUAUCUGCGUAUAACUACGAGAUACAAUAUGUUAGAACAAACGAUAAUGGGGCCGACGCUCUGUCAAGGUUACCGGUUCACGAUUCAAUUAAAAUAGUUGAAUCACCUGAACAAUCUUAUCUUCAUUUUGCGUCGGAUGCGUUGCUCUUAGACAAUAACGCGAUUAAGAAAAAUACAAUACGCGAUCCAAUAUUAAGUAGGGUACUUAGCUUCAUUAGAGAUGGUUGGCCUACAACAGUGGAGAUAGAUCAAUUAAAGCCUUAUUAUAAUAGACGGCAUGAGCUAUAUGAUGAAUUAGGGUGCGUAAUGUGGGGUCAUCGUGUCAUCAUACCGCAAUCGUGUAGGGAAGUGGUCAUGCGUGAGUUACACGAGACUCACAUGGGCAUUGUUAAGACCAAAGCAAUAGCUCGGAGCUAUGUUUGGUGGCCCGGGCUCGACGAGGAGAUCGAGCAGCGGUGUCGCGCGUGCGAGGUGUGCGCGGAGGUGGCGCCCGCGCCGCCCGCCGCGCCGCCCUCCCCUUGGCGCUGGCCUGAUCGCGCUUAUGAGCGCGUACAUUUAGAUUUUUUAGGCCCUAUAGGGGGAAAGGUGUAUCUGGUUGCGGUGGAUGCGCGGUCUAAAUGGAUCGAGGUUUUCUUGAUGACGCGAACAACGUCUGAUGUAACGAUUGAUAAAUUACGCGAAGCGUGGGCCCGUUGGGGUUUGCCAAAACAAGUGGUUACGGACAACGGUCCACCGUUUACCAGUGAGUCAUUCGAAAACUUUUUGUCGUCUAAUGGGGUACGACACAUCUUUACACCACCAUAUCAUCCUGCCUCUAAUGGCGCGGCCGAAAAUGCCGUUAAGAUUAUUAAAAAGGUAAUUAAGAAGGCUAACUGUGAAAACAAACGCGUUGAUGUUGCUAUUCAAAGAUUCUUAUUAAACUAUAAUAACACUCCACAUAGCACUACGGGGGAGAGCCCGGCUAAGUUAUUACAAGGUCGCAGUUUAAGAUGUAGGUUAGAUAAUUUGAAACCUGAUCGAACUGCAAAGGUGGAGAUCGAACAAAAUAAGCAGGUAGUUUAUUCAGGGGGUACGGUACGCGGGUUAGUUACUGGUGAUGAAGUGUGGUUCCGGGAGUAUAGACCAGGGCGUAAAUGGUCAAAGGGAAUAGUGGCAGGUCGCUCGGGCAGGUCAGAUUGCACUUUAGAGGCAGCGGAUGGUUCACGAGUACAUAGACAUAUCGAUCAAUUAAGACGUAGAUCUAGGGGUUCAAUGGUUUGCCCGGUAGAAUCAUCUAUGGAUGAUACGAGAGAGAUCGAGCAGGCAUCGAGCUCACAGGUUCAGCUUCCAGCAGAGGCUGGUGGGGCGCCUUCGGAGCAGGGCCCGCCGGCGAGCGAGGCUCCGGCCGCGGCGGGGGGCGCGCCGGCCGCGGGGGCAGCCGCGGGCAAUGACCCGACACCUAGCAGUAGUAGGUACCCAGUCCGAACCAGGAAACCAGUAGUUAGAUAUGGUUGGGGUGAAAUUGAUUAGGCUCGCUAGUAUGUACUUACAGUUAACAAAUAGGUAUACUUAGGUAAUUAAUAAUAAAAUGUAAUCAUAAACAUUAGUUUCAUUGUUGUUAUCAUGUUAUAACUUUAUUGUUUUCAUUAAAUAA